AUGGAAGAGAAGUCCGAGGAGAAAUGCAUUGUCAUAGAAGACGGAGAGAUGCGGGGACUUAGCACAUUGCCGAUGACUCCCAUCAGGAAACUGCUCGUCUUUGGUGCUUUGCUAUCAGCCGUAUUUUGCGGCAGUUUAGAUGAAACAAUCGUCGCGUCGGUAGCAACGAAUAUGGCUUCAGAAUUCCACGCUGUCCAAGCAUUCAGUUGGAUAGCGAUCUCAUACAUGUUGUGCUUAAAUGCUACGGAACCUUUAUACGGAAAACUAUCGGACAUCUUUGGACGAAAGGCGAUGAUGAUUGUGGCCUUGGUGAUCUUCCUUGCGGGGACCAUCGGAUGCGGUGUAGCUACAAAUAUUGCAAUGUUGCUGGCUUUCCGAGCCAUAAGCGGCAUUGGCGGAAGUGGGAUGAUCGGCCUCUCUUUCAUCAUUGUAGCUGAAAUCAUACCAAUUUGUGAGCUCCUCAAAAAGACCUACACAUUUACAGCAUUCAUGACUUGUCCAGUGUGCUCGGACCUAUCCUCGGUGGAGUACCUGUCCUGGCGUUGGUGUUUCUAUAUUUGCAUCCCUCUCGGUGCUAUUUCUCUGGUGGCGGUGGUAUCUAUGCUUCCGGCCGAACCCUCUGGCACAGCAUUCCUGCAUAAAUUGAAGCGAGUAGACUUUGGUGGGGCCAUACUUUUGGUUGCCUCGAUGGUGUGCCUGCUCAUCCCCAUUAGUCUUGGCGGAGACCAAUAUGCAUGGGAUUCUCCUGUGUCUGUCACUUUGCUCGUAUUGGCGGGUGUCGGUCUCGUUGCCUUUGUGUUGGUUGAAAUACACGUGGCCGCGGAGCCCAUCAUUGCUAUGAGGUUGUUUCGGAAUCCAAACACGGUUGCGUCGUUGAUGACACUGUUCUUCCUUGGAAUGUCCUUUACCGGAUUCUUAUAUUACCUACCUGUCUGGUUCAUUGUAGUUGACAAUCGCGAGACGUCAACCGCCUCGUACCGACUGCUACCUAUUUUCCUGGGCAUCACCAUUUUUGGCAUUGUGAGCGGCUUUUUAUCUGAACACGUUGCUAAACGACUUCCCAGGUGGCUUCCCGCCUAUACAUUUUUCAUCCAUCUGGGCAAUCUAUUCUUUCUGGCCGGAACCAUCUCAUUGUCCUUCCUUCAUAAGGAUAUUUCGUCCGUAGCGGAGAUCAUGUUCCUCAUCGUGUUCGGAAUCGGGCUCGGUCUUGUGUUGCAAAUGGCCUUCUUUUCUUGCCAAGUGGCCAUUGAUCCUAAAGAUAUCGCGGUGGUCAAUGGAUUGGCUGUAUCUUUCCAAAACCUUGGAGGAAGCUUGGGAAUAGCAAUUAUGGGGAAUAUUCAGGCAUCGCGUCUGCGUAGCGCCUUUACGCAAAUGCCCGAAGGGAUCUUGGCUCCGUCGGCGUUCGAGGAUGUGCGUCACGAUCCGAGUCUCAUCUACACCGGUCGGUUUAACGAUACCCAACGAUCCUACCUCAUCGACGCAUACGAAGACAGUCUUCAAUUAGCAUUUAAGGUGGCUAUCGCCUUCACUGCAAUGUGCGUGUUGCCAGCGUUUUUUAUCAAGCGCGUCCCCAUCUCCAAGAGUGAAGAGGAAGAAGCUGGAGACACUAUCGAAGUCACCUCGCAAGCCGCUCUAAGUCCCAAGGCUGCAGUGUGA